UAUUUACCAUCCAUUCCAUCCCUAUUUUGCGGAUUUUGUGUUGGCGGUGCGUGCAAAAGUGAAAAUGGAAUUGGCAUAUGUUUAAAUCAAUCGAGUUCUCAAGAUGAUUACAGUUAACCAGCACCUUGCGUAACUGUGCAUGUUCGUGUGUGUGGCGUCUAGUCUGCAAGUCGGUCGGGGCUAAGCUUUUGCCGCUGUCUCGCGCCUUCUCGUCGCUGAAAAGUUGAUCUUUUGGUAGAUUUUCUGUGUUAAUCUGGGAUUGUUGCAACGUAGUUGAGAUUCGGCGUUAUCUCGACAGUACGUAUAAUACACUUCUUCCGUCAUCCCGCCGUCCCCGGCAGUGUGGGAUCGAAAUAACCAUUGGACGGCAUCAAGCAAGCCCUACUACACUAUCACCGCAGCGCGCAUCUCUGCAACUCUUGGAAUUGAUAAAUACAUGUGCACAUGUGUAUAUGUAUGUGAUGUGCUAAACAGUUCAAUAAAUAGACGUGUAUCUGAGCUGAGCGCGUAAAUUGAUGACUGACUGACUGACUGAUUGAUUGAUUGAUUGACUGAAUACAUGUACAUAUAAUGAUUGCUGGGCAGUAAACCGAAUCAACCAGAAACGAUCAUCAGAAUCAUCAGAAACUAUAUAGAAUUUGUUGUUUGAGAAGAGAAGAACAAAAAGAGAGAAGCGGCCGAGAAGAUGGCGCGUCACAUAAUGGCCGUUUGUGUGGUCUGCCUCCUCUGCGCCCAUCGCCUGCACUGCCAGGAUCAUGUGGAGAGCCUGCUCGCAGGCGCCACCGUGAUGCACAGCCAGGAGCAGCUUAAUGCGCGCGUCUACACCAGUCUCUCCUCCAGUCCCUCCAGUGAAACCACCGAUCAGAGACAGCAGCUAGCUAUCGACGAUACCCAGAAUUACAGCACAAGUCCGCCCUCGAGGAGAGACAAACGGCAUGCCGAGCAUGGCCAUGGCCAUUCCGAGCCACCUGUCCCGCAGAUCACCAAGUACUUUCUCGACAAGCUGAUGGCCCAGCAGGGGGCGAUGGACAGCAGUGGAUUCAACAGUUUCCUGCAGCAGAUAAACCUACACUCGAUGGUGGCCUCCAGCGAGGGAACCUGCGUGCCUGCUAGUCGCCUGGUGCAUCAUGUCCAGCCCCACGAUCUCUCCCAUCACAGUCACAGUCACAGCGAGGAGCCGCAGGUGGCGGAAGGAGAGGAGCUCAAGCUAAAGAACUGCACCCUUAGCAAUAAUGGCACCAACUCCAACAUUGUAUGCGCACCUGCCCUGCUCCAACACAACAGCAGCUCCAUCGAGGGGCCCACCAACUUUACACUCAGCGAACGAGAUAUGCUACAUCUGUGUCCUGUGCUGCUGCACGAACUGAAGGCCCAGACUGGCGGCUGCAUAGAGCUGGAUGUGCUGGCCGAGAUCGAUAGCACGGAGAAGCUGCUCGUCGCAGAGAAGGAUAUGUUCUAUGUGUGGGUCUAUGCAUUCAUUUCGGUGUUUGCCUGCGGCAUCCUAGGCCUGGUUGGGGUGGCCAUCAUACCCUUCAUGGGCUCCCGGUAUUACAAGCACAUUAUACAGUAUCUGGUGUCGUUGGCCGUGGGGACAAUGACUGGCGAUGCUCUGCUCCAUUUACUGCCGCAUUCGCUGGCAGGGCAGGACGAGCGAGGGAUGAUCAUGAAGGGAUUGGGCUGCCUGGGCGGCAUCAUAUUCUUCUACAUUACAGAACAUGCUCUGACCAUGAUCUCCGAGUGGCGGAAGAGCGUGGAGAAGAAGGAGACAAAGAAGCCGUCGCGUGCGAAGGUGAUGCGUGAUCCGGACUCGUCGGUGAACAACUCCGUGGCGGGGGACAAGAUCUGCAAGCAGAAAUACAGCUCCUAUCCGUACUGCUACGAUGAGAUUACGAUGAACAACAAGCAGAGCGAAUGGAUGCACCUCCCCGGCGACGGAGUGGCUGCGUCCGUGGCAGGGGCAGGUGGGGAUGCGGCGUCCGCCUCUGAGGUACGCAACGGACUCGCCGAUCACGAUGGUUCCAGUGAAAUGGCAGCGGCCGCCGAGUCUCUUCUCUCCACGCUGCACACGAACUGUGUAGAGAUGAACCACCACAACCACAAUCACAAGCAUAACAACCACCAGCAGCAGCAGCAUCAGGAGGCACAGGACAACAAUACCAUUGUCACGGAUCUGGAUGGCAAUGCUGUGUAUGCCGCCUCGAACAGCAACAGCAAGGUGGUGGAUGGCAAGGACGGAAAGAACGAUCAUGUGACUGUAAUUCUAAGGGAGCACGAGUCCUCGCAUCAUGGCCAUAGCCAUCGCCACGGGCAUGUCCAUUCGCCGCCAGAGACGCUGAGCGCCGUGGCCUGGAUGAUCAUCAUGGGCGACGGGUUGCAUAACUUCACCGAUGGCAUGGCCAUUGGGGCGGCAUUUGCCGAGAACAUUGCCGGUGGCUUCUCCACCUCGCUGGCCGUCUUUUGUCAUGAACUGCCGCACGAGCUGGGCGACUUUGCCAUUCUGAUGAAGGCGGGCAUGUCCGUGAAAUCGGCUGUGUACUACAAUCUGUUGACUGGUGUACUCAGCUUCAUUGGCAUGAUCUUUGGCAUUGCCUUUGGCCAGUCGCAGGAUGUGGCCCAAUGGAUGUUUGCCGUAGCAGCGGGUCUGUUUAUAUACAUUGCCCUGGUCGAUAUGAUGCCUGAGAUAUCGGCCUCACACAAGUCGCUGGCCCAGUUUCUGCUGCAGAUACUCGGUAUGCUCAGUGGCGUGGGGAUAAUGCUGAUAAUUGCCCUCUUUGAGGGGGAUCUGAUGAGCGUGUUUGGCACUGCGCCCCCCAGUGCCGCCCACCAUCAGCACGUGCACUAGAUAGUAGCCACAGUAGCCAGUAGGGAAGGGAGCAACCAACAACCAACCACCAACAACUGCAGCGAAUCUUGUAGCAUAGCGUAUUAUGGGAAUUGCAGCGAAUAUUGUGUAUUAACUGCAUUUUUUUUUUCCGUCAGGCCUAGGAUUUUUUCAAUUAUAUUUUGCUUAAUUUUUUAUAGAUCUUUGUUACACUUUGCACAUAUAUACACCACACACACACAUACAGCUAGAUCAACACGUUAUCAAUUAUCAAAAAAGGCAUUUGUUAUCCAGUUUUUGAAACACACCUGCAUACCCACACACAACAGGCGACAGGCAACAGGAAACAGGUUCCUAACUUUUGCUACAAAACUGCGUUUGAAAUUGGGAAAAAGGAAGAGCGAAACAUUUACAGAGAAUGGAGCGAAAGUAUGGCCGUGCUGGAGCACGGACACACGGAUCCACUGACUACUGAUCUUCUACACUAAAACGGAAAACGGAAACAGAACCUAAACACUUACGAUACACUUACGAUUGUAGGAUAUAUAUAGUACAUACAUAUAUAUAUAUAUACACUAUAUACACUAUAUGCAUACAGAUAUACAGUGUGUGCACGAGACGUUUACUUUAGGCGAGUUUGAACACAUUCUAUAAACAAAAUGUCCGCUAUUACUUAAAGAUUUCGAAGCGUAUUAUCUACUAUUGGAGAUCGACCCAAACCCCCAUUUAAGUUUAAUUUAUUAUUUGUAAUACAUUUAAAAACUAUCCUAAAUGCACGCUCGUACAUAAUUUGCCACCUCUCGUGAACGAACUUUCGUUUAAUUAUGUUUUUUUUUUUUUGUAAUAAAACAAAUCAGAAAUAAACAGAUCUGUCUAGUUUGUUGUUGUAUAA